UACAGUGAGACCUUAAAGCUUCUUAUUAGUUUACAACAAUCAGUUUAUAAGUACUUUUCAUUACAAAUUUGUUAAGAUGGUUGGCAUAUGUUGUGUUUUCAAAUGCGCAUAAUAAGUAACCCAAGUUCAUACUAGUUAAUGUGGAGCAGCAUUUGCUGUGAACCGAGCCAAUAUCUUCUUGAUAUGAAAAAUAAUAAUUAUUAGUUAUUGAAGCUAUAAAGAUGAACAUUUAUUCAACAGAAUUUCCUUAAAGGGUCUUUGGUUGUACUCAGUUCAGACAGUUGUAAACACCACAGUCUCUCUCAGCCACACCACCGUAUGCAUUAUUCAGUUUGUGGGGAUGUGAGUGGGUGUGAUGUAUUGUGCACGAGCCAAGACGUGACCGUGUGCAAAUUAUCAGCAGAAUUCUUACGGCACAGAGCUUGAACAGGCACACGGGGGGCUCGCAACAUUGUUCCUUUGUUCAGAGCCCUGCAUUGAGCAACUGCCCGGCCAAUGAAAUGUCAAAACUGCUGACUCAAAGCUAGUACAUCAAUUCAUUCAUCCUGAACACACUGUACCUCAAGCUUUGACUGUUUCCUUCUUCUGCCAUUAGCUGAAGAAACAGAUAGCCCUGCCCCAAACUCAUGCUACUGGUUGAGCCACUAUUGCAAUGUCAGAUUUGUUGAGAUGCUUAAAUAAAGCAAUGAUUUGAAAGCAGUUUUCACUUUUCAAAGGAAAUCAACCUACAAUUGGUAUACUUGUAGAGGUUGCAAAAUAGAACAAAGUAUUUAAUCGUAAGAAAAUGUACCUUUACCUUUGCACUGACAGCGAUGUAUAGACCACAAGGAAGAUUUGCAGAACGUUAGCAGAGUUAAAUUUGAUAAGAAAUAUAGAAUUGGUGACAAUGUGAGUGAAGUUCAAGCGAUAUGCCACCUGGUACAGUUGUUUGCAGAAGUCAAGUUAAAACAUCCCAAUAGCAUCCAUCCAACAGCUCAGUGACUUGGUGACCUCCAGUGAUUUAAUCACUGUCAGUGUGAACAGAGAUUCAAACUUAGACCCUGUCAGACUCAUGAACAGGAACCACGGCGAUUGAAAUCCCACCGUUCCUCUUUGGAGCGUGUGAACUGCAUCUCCAUUGAUCUCUAGUGCCAUGACCUCUGACCUCUGCUGGCAGACCUUCAGCAUCUAGGGCCACCGUGUCCUGCUUUCUCUUAGCGGUUGCUUUACUUUCUCUCUCUUUUCCACUCCAAAGUGGUUAAGUCCAGUGUUCUAAUGAGUGAGCCUAUUUAAAGAGAACUCCACUGCUUCUAUAUUUAACUCACUAAGAUGCUCUCUUUAAGCACUUUGUCCCUGCCUCUUUGUGGCUUUGGGUUGGAAAGCUGUGACUGUCAUGUCUCUGAUUCCUUAUUUCUCUCUUCCACCCUCUCUGUAUGGCACCAUUUUCCUCUUGCUACAAGAAGGACUUAACUUUAUCAUUGGGGGCCUGUUUUGGCCCCAGACCCACAGAAGACAUGUUCUCUUACCUUCGAUCUCCACACUACCUGGGCAUAUCACCCACCGGACAGGGUCGACCCGAGUCCCCCGUUUACACCAACCUCCAGGAGUUAAAGAUCUCUCAGUCGUCUCUCCCACCUGUUCCCUCUUCCUCCCCUCUGCAUAUCCUGGCCGACUGGGAAACACACAAAGAUAUGAGUGGAAGAAACUUCUACUACAACCGCACGACUCAGGAGAGGACCUGGAAACCACCGCGCUCACGAGAAAACAGGGGCAGUCGUGGGGACACUGGAGGGAACACUGGAGACAUGGAGCAUUUGUCUUCUGAGGAGAACUGUCCCAGCACACACUCCAGUCAGUCAGACAGUCAGUACGGAUCGCCCCCUAGAGGCUGGUCUGAGGAACUGGAUGAACAUGGCCACACACUCUAUGUGUCUGAACACACCAAUGAGAAGUGGAUCAAGCAUGUGGACGAACAAGGGCGGCCGUAUUACUACAGCGCUGAUGGAUCCCGCUCAGAGUGGGAGUUACCAAAAUAUAAUCUCUCUCCUCCAAUCUCUGGAGAAGCUCCUAAGAGUCACAGUUUGGAAAGGAAGCAGCAGGAGCCCAUUGUGCUGACCAAGUGGAGACACAGCACCUAUGUGCUGGACAUCAGUGAGAAGCUGCCAUUCAAAAGCAGAUGGUUCAGCGUGAGCCGCCUCCCCAGGGGCUUCGGCCUAUCACUGUACAGAGAAGAGUCUGUAAUUGCCAAACACUACUCUCCUGAAUCAGACUCAUGCCCCUCUUCACCAAAACAUCCCUCUGCCCCCUCAGAAAAGUGUGGUGUUCUCAAUGUCACCAAGAUUACUGAACAUGGCAAGAAAGUCAGGAAGAAUUGGGCCUCCACCUGGACUGUCCUGCAGGGAUCCUCUUUACUUUUUGCAAAGGGUCAGGGCAGUGGCACCAGCUGGUCGUACUGCCGCAAUGGUUCCUUUCCUGAACUCCUCCUUUCAUUGCUAAGUAACUGGAAGCGUUCGAUUAAGCCCCGGCCGGCAGUGCCCUAUACAAACUGUAGACGCAGCCGAGCUUCCUCUUUUGGAGGCAACCAGUCCAAACCAGAAUUCACAGUUGACCUGCGAGGAGGUUCGGUCGAGUGGGCAUCCAAAGAAAAGUCCAGCAAGAAACAUGUCAUUGAGCUGAAGACACGAGUGGGCACCGAGCUGCUGAUCCAGUCUGAAAUUGACAGUGUUAUUAAUGACUGGUUCAGAGCGCUUUCUGAGACCAUCAACACACAUGCUUGGGAGUCUGAUGAGGCCAUCGAGGAGGACAUGCCUGAGUCUCCUGGAACUGAGAAACACGACAAAGAGAAAGACCCCCGAGACUCCAAGAAAACAAGAGUAAAGAACUCCAGUUUGGAUUCAUCUGAGCAGAAGAAGACCAGAGUCAAACUGAAGAAGUUCCUCACACGGAGACCCACCUUGCAGGCUGUCAGGGAUAAGGGCUACAUAAAAGAUCAGGUGUUUGGCUGCAGUUUGACUGCCCUGUGUCAGAGAGAAGGCACUUCCGUACCUCAUUUUGUCAAGAUGUGCAUUGAGCAUGUGGAGAAUACAGGCUUGAAUGUUGAUGGCUUGUACAGAGUCAGUGGAAACCUGGCUGUCAUACAGAAACUGCGCUUUGCGGUCAAUCACGAUGAAAAGGUGAAUCUGGAAGACAGUAAAUGGGAGGAUAUCCACGUGACUACAGGUGCUCUGAAGAUGUUUUUUCGGGAGCUUCCAGAGCCUCUGUUCACUUACGCAUCCUUUAAUGACUUUGUUGAAGCCAUCAAACACUCGGAUUACAAGCAGCGAGUCCAAUCCAUAAAAGACUUGAUCAAACAGUUGCCAAAACCCAAUCAGGAAACAAUGAAAGUGUUAUUCAAACACCUGAAAAGAGUGAUAGAUCAUGGCGAGGUGAACAGGAUGACUACCCAGAGCGUGGCUAUCGUUUUCGGCCCAACCCUGCUGCGGCCGGAGAUCGAGACGGGCAAUAUGGCCGUUCAUAUGGUCUAUCAGAACCAGAUUGUAGAACAAAUCCUUCUAGAGUAUGAGAACAUUUUUGGCAGGUAGAACAUCUCUGAGUGACACCACCUGAGAAUCAGUUCAGAGAACACAAUGCCAGAAGUUUAACAUCUCAUAUCCAUCACACAAAAACGCAUCACCGCUGUGGACCAAGCUUAAUAGUGUAUAUAAACAAAUGUGAGAGGAUUUACUGUGACAUAUGACUGGAUAUAAGUGAAGAAAAUUAAUACAGAAAGGUUCUUUAUGCACUUAAUAUUUUUGGAAGUUUUGAGAAUUUACUUUUUUUUUUUUUUUUUUUUGGAUCGUCAUUCCUUGGCUUAGAAUAAGCUUGAUUGACUUUUGGACAAUUAUGGAUGGUCAUAAGUCUCAAUUAUAUAUAUUUUUUUUUUUUUUUUUUUUUUUUUUUGAGAAAUGGGAAUAUUUUCCUAAGUUGGACACUGGAAUGGACUUUAUCUUGGCCAGUAUUGAUGACUAGAAUGAAAACUGACUGAGCGGACACUUUCAAGUCUCACCAGAUUGAGUUCUUUGCAGUGAAGUGUUUAAAAGUGAAACUGAUUUUGCGGUUUGAUUUAUUCAGACACGUAACUGACUUGUAUCUGGGCUCUCGAGGGCUCAGAGUUUUUGUUUUCUUCAUUUUUUCCUGUGGAAUAAGCUGAAAGUGCACUGUAUUAGGAGACAGUAUUAUUUGACGAUGACUACUGACCUGUGGAUAAUGGGGUCGAUUUAAUUGGACGAUGAUUAAUAGUCAGUAUUAGGACAGAAAUCCUGUUUCAAAUUGGAUUUUUUUUUUUCCAUAUCCACCCAUGUUUGCCCUCCAUCCACACCUCCCAAAAAGUUUAUUGGAAAGGCUGUGCGCCUUUUCCUUUAGGACUUCAUGCUACUGGAUAACAGACACGCUCAUCACACAGUUGUGUCAUUCAAUAGUGAAACUUCCUUUUAACGAGAAGACCCUCCCUUUAAUGAAAUAUCAGGACUUUCCCGUGUUUGAGGUCAAACCUGUGUUGUUUCCUUGAAAUAAAUGGACUGUGUUGUGCUGAAUUGUGUAACAGUAUGCAGAGAACCAGAUUGUUUUCCAGAUGUGAAGCCAAUGUGUUGUGUUGUUUAAAAGCAAGAGCUCUCAAGAACAGUCAGAGGUCUCGCCUCUCACCCGUGUAUCUCUCGAGGCUUACUGGAAAAAGAAAGGUGAGAUGCUUAGAUCGGCAUUUAGGCCUUACACGGUUUCAGAUCAAUAUAGAAUAUUCAUCUCCUGUUUCCUGCUCUGGCCCUCGAUGGAAAGGAGCUUGAUAACAAAUUGACAGGAUGGUACUGGAAGUAGUACUGCAGUUAGUGUUAACUGAAGGUACACAUGGUAAACGCCUUCUCUGUCUCGUUUUUAACAAAAUUCAAGAAACAUAUGUACAGAUUACUUCAACAAGAACUUGAACCUGUUGUACAAAAAAAAAUAAUAAUAAUGAAGUGUGAUGAAGUUGUGUGUCAAUAACAAGUGAAAAGAUCUAAUUUUGUUGAUGUACGGAUGAAGGAAAUGAGUAUUAGAUGGGUGAUGUCAUCACAGAUUUGUGAACUGCACAUUUUGAAUGUAAUUUUCAGACUAACUGCUGUUUCUGAAAUUGACGUCUAAUCCUAAUUAAAAAGACAAAACUCAUGGAUAAUAUUAAAGUGAUAAUACCUGA